AUGGCAGCUGCUGUGCCCCCUCUCCUCUUCCCUGCUGCUGUGCCCCCUCUCCUCUUCCCUGCUGCUGUGCCCCCUCUCCUCUUCCCUGCUACUGUGCCCCCUCUCCUCUUCCCUGCUGCUGUGCCCCCUCUCCUCUUCCCUGCUGCUGUGCCCCCUCUCCUCUUCCCUGCUGCUGCGCCCCCUCUCCUCUUCCCUGCUGCUGUGCCCCCUCUCCUCUUCCCUACUGCAGCACCAACAUCCACGGCUAUAGCAGUGCCGGCUGUAGUAGCGCUCGUAAGAGACAAUAGGCAAGAGGGGUGGCAGU